AUGCCCUUGUCUCAGAUCGAGAAGAGCGUCACCCACCUCCUUGUCGCCACGAAACAGCUCCUCGAGACGUUGACACAAUGGUCCCGGGGCCAAGCAACCGACACGCAGGUGUCAGACGUCUACGUCAGGCUUGGGUACGAGUUCAAUAUGGCCUGUCGGGCCUUCACAGCGAUAAACGUCGACACCUCCGACCUCGGCAAUGUCCCUGAACUUCUGCGAAAUAUUCUCGAGGCGACCCUGAGCCAGGAGGCGAGCGUCGAGAGCCUGGAAAAGUACUUGCCAAGGAUAAGAGAUAUAAUCAUAAAUCUGCUUCACGGGUUGAAAAAGAAACAACAAAAAUUACGACAGAAGCAGGCGCGUGACAAGGAAAAUGGAGCUCCCGAGUCCUCCAAUGGCCGCGUCACGAGCACCAGUACACAGGGAAGCAACUCCGGGGGUCUAUCGCAGAUGCUGAACGAGGGCUUGUCUGAAAACGGAUAUCGACCGGCCAGUAGCCGUGGGACGGACGACACGGUCAAGGCGAAUGGGUCUCCCCGGCGAUUUCAGUCUCAGCGAGAUGAAUCUCAGGCGACCGUCUCGGACAAGUCCUCCCUCUCGAGCGACACCAUGCAGAGCAUGCCCGUUGUUCCUCCAUACCCGUCCGAAGACCCUGUUCCAACCCCUGCGGCGCCUGAGGAGCUGGACUCUUUCCCGCCGCCGCCACCUCCGCCCAAAUCAUCGACGCAGAGUGCUCUGGCAGCACUGCAAAGAGGGGGAGACUUGGAGCGUCGUGCAUCUCGAAGAUACUCUGCAUACCAAAUCUCCAAGCAUCUGGGAAGCGGCGCAACUGGAGUUCCUAUGAUGCCAACGCAGACUGGCCCAAUACCAAACCGAGGAAGACCUGAGGUUAGGGAAUCUAUGCGAGCUGUCCAAGCGAGGGAAACUGUGCGAAGGAAGAACAACGAUGGGUCACUGAGCGCGAGACCUGGGGCGUUGGAUCCCUCCUCGCCCCAGCGUCAACCGAACAAGGCACCUGAAGAGAAAGAGGCGCCAAAACCACCAAGCCCGACCCCCGAAGACAGGUUCAAACCGAGUGCGACUUUGAAAGGACCCUUGCCAGAUGUUGUACCAACGAUGGCAACUAGCGACGGUGAUAUCACCCCAAGGACGGAGACCAAAGAGGAAGCGAAGGCUGUGGAGCCGAAGCCCGCGACUCCCACCCCGGAAGAGCAAGGCAAAAGUUUCAUGCUCGACCAGUCACCUCCAGCGUCGCCACCGAAAGAUCUCACCCUUUUCUUACAAUACAAGUCUAGAGUCAAGAAGUUCGUACUCACAGGGGGUUACGGCGAAUUGACGAUUGGCCGGUUGCAACUUGCCUUCAUCGAGAAGUUCUCCUGGAAUACUCAUGCAAAUGGGGCGGAUCUGCCCGAGAUCUACAUUCAAGAUCCGGUCUCUGGAGUGCGACAUGAGCUGGAGGAUCUGGCGGACAUCAAGGACCGUUCCGUUCUCGUAUUGAACGUGGAAGCGCUCGACGAAGUCAAGAAGCACGUGGAUGACGGGCUGGGAUCCAUCCGGCAACUUAUUGAAACCAUCAAGCAGGACGUCGGAGAUCAAAGCGCCGCUCUGCAGCGCGUGUCCGAUCGACAACAAGAGUCGGCCAAGGAGAUUGCAAGGCUCGCAGCCGCUCCGCCAAGUCCCCCAGCAGAUUCUCCCCGGAAUACUGCACUUGGCACUGGUCGCAAGCUUAAGGGUGGCCAGGCGGCUGAGGUGCAGACUCUGCGCCGGGAUCUGGCUGUCCUCCGGCAGAUGUAUACCAACUUCCAGUCCGAGGUCGACGGUUCUAUGACUCUACUCCGCAACAAGGCAAACAGCGUCAAGGUUGCCGCGGCCAAGGCAUCGCUCCCCGAUGUCGACGGAGGUUCAGGAUCAUCAUACGUAAAGCAAGGGCGGAAACAGCUCAACACGGACUCUGAUCGUCUCGUCAACAAGGUUGACGACCUUCAAGACCUCGUGGAGGACCUGCGCAAGGAUGUGGUGCAACGCGGUGUCCGACCGCUGCCACGCCAGCUUGAGACCGUGGCCAAGGACAUGACAAAUGCCCUGAAGGAGCUCAAGAAGAUGGAGGAGUACAUGAAGCGCGAGAAGCCUAUCUGGACCAAGAUCUGGGAGAAGGAGCUCGAGGACGUGUGCAACGGCCGGGACGAGGUCAAACUCAUGGAGGACUUGGUGGCUGACCUCCAGGACGACCUGGAGAAGGCCAGCGAGACGUUUGCGCUCGUGGAGCAGGCCACCAAGGAGCAGAUGAAGGAUACCAAUGCCGGGCAAGCGAAUGCUACCGUGUCACGCCAAUUCUCGCGGGGCCUGAAGCACAUAGAGGAGAACACCCUCGUUGACCCGUCAGAGGCGAAGGAGGGCGUACUGGGGGAGGUGCGAGCUCUGCAGCCGAACCACGAAAACCGCAUGGAGGCGAUCGAGCGUGCAGAGAAGCUUCGCCAGAAGGAGCUCGAGACCCGCAACCAGAAUCCGAUCAAGAAGGAGCUCGUCGAGUUUGUCACGGAGGGUAAACUCAAGAAGAGCGGCGGCGUUGAAGAGCUCGAACGGCAGAGGGUCGCCAGGGAGGAGCGCAUCAGAAAGGAGGUGUGGGAGAGAAUGAACGGACUUGCUGCCGAUGACCCUAUCGGAGAGGAUGGAAUUCCCGAGGGCGACGAGGAGUUUGAGGAAGGCGAAUACGAGGAAGAAGAAGAAGAAGAGAUCGAUGAGACUGAUGAUCUGGAGGAGGAUGUCGAGCCCGCGGCUUCGCCCGAGGCCGCCGCCAAGGCAGCUCCUUGA